AGUCCAGUUAGAGUCCAGUGUGAGUAUAGUUGAGUCCAGUUGGAGUCCAGUUAUAGUUCAGUUAGAGUCCAGUGUGAGUAUAAUUGAGUCCAGUUGGAGUCCAGUGUGAGUAUAGUUGAGUCCAGUUUGAGUCCAGUUGGAGUCCAGUGUGAGUAUAGUUGAGUCCAGUUAGAGCCCAGUUAUAGCCCAGUUAUAGUCCAGUUAGAGCCCAGCGUGAGUAUAGUUGAGUCCAGUUAGAGCCCAGUGUGAGUAUAGUUGAGUCCAGUUUGAGUCCAGUUAGAGUCCAGUCUGAGCACAGUUUGAGUCCAGUUAGAGUUCUGGGCUAAAACCAGUGGUGGGUGUCCAGAGACAGGUAGUCCUGUUAAAGUGUCCCCCCGGUUGAGUCUUUGGUUGGACGGUUCUGUCUCACACAGAGGAUCUCUUGUCUAAACUGGCUGUACAUGUAUGCUGGUCUUACUGGUGGUAUUAGUGCAGUCUGUGGUGGUACUGGUGUUACUGGUGUUGACAGUCUGCGGUCCUGCUGGAUGCCGUCGGUCCAGGUCUAAGCCGGUCCACCUCCAGGUUCGGCACAUUAUGGCAGAGCUCCAGCAGACCCCUACCUCACUGUGCUGCUGCCGUAAAUCCCUGCCAGUCUCAGGAACCCGGUGCAUCGGGGAGUCCGCCCGGCCCUCAACUGGUCCGGGACCUGGGGCUCCACGCAGACCCCUAGUAGACGUGGCCUCCGCGUCGAACUUCCGCUGCUUCCAGCUGCGGCAUGUCCACCUGGACCUGCGGCUGAACUUUGCCGUGAAGGAGAUGAGCGGCUGGCUGGUCCUGGACCUGGUCCCGGUCCAGCCAGGGGUCCACACCCUGGUCCUGGACUCCCACCCCUCCCUUCUCAUCCAGUCCAUUGACUGUAAAGUCCCUGGGGCCAGGCAGGAUGAGCCGCUGUCCCUCACCUACCGGCUGGACCCCUUCACCGACUAUGGCUCCUCGCUCAACAUCAGCCUGCCGCCAGCCGCCGCCAAGCCAGGCCGCCUGAUCCAGAUCACAAUCCGCUACAGCACCACGGACGGGCCAGCGAUCUGGUGGCUGGACUCAGAGCUGACCUGUGGACAGACCCGUCCUCUGGUCUUCACUCAGGGUCACUCGGUGUGUAAUCGAUCCUUCUUCCCCUGUUUCGACACUCCUGCGGUGAAGAGCACAUACACUGCCACCGUCAGGGUUCCAGACGGAGUGACGGUUCUGAUGAGUGCGUCCCGGAGUUCGUACUCCAAACAGGACCGUGUCUUUCAGUUCUCCAUGGAGUUUCCUGUGCCGUCCUACCUGGUGGCGUUGGUGGCCGGAGAGCUGCAGCAUGUCGAUGUCGGCCCGCGGAGCCGUGUGUGGGCGGAGCCAUGUCUGUUGUCGUGUGCAGUGAAGAAACUGGGCGGCAGUGUGGAGCGCUGGCUGGGCGUGGCCGAGGAGCUGUUUGGACCGUACCUGUGGGGCAGGUGUGACAUCGUGUUCCUCCCCCCCUCGUUCCCCAUCGUUGCCAUGGAGAACCCCUGCCUCACCUUCAUCAUCGCCUCCAUCCUGGAGAGCAGUGAGUUCCUGCUUAUCGACGUCGUCCAUGAGAUUGCUCAUGGCUGGUUCGGCAACGCCGUCACCAACGCCACCUGGGAGGAGAUGUGGCUGAGCGAGGGGCUGGCCACCUACGCCCAGCGCCGCAUCACCACCGAGGCCUACGGUGAGGCGUUCACCUGUCUGGAAACUGCCGUGCGAUUGGACGCCCUCCACAGACAGCUGCGUCUUCUUGGAGACAACAACCCCGUGAGCAAACUGCAGGUCAAGUUUGAGCCAGGUGUGAACCCCAGCUCUCUGAUGAAUCUUUUCACCUAUGAGAAAGGCUUCUGUUUUGUGGCGUACCUGUCUCAACUCUGUGGGGACGUCAGACGCUUUGACUGCUUCCUCAGGGAUUACAUCUCAGAGUUCAAGUUUAAAAGCGUGGUGGCUCAGGAUCUCAUUGACUACUUCCUGGGUUAUUUCCCUGAGCUGAAGGAUGCCGCUGUGUCCCAGAGAGAGGGUCUGGAGUUCGAGCGCUGGCUGAGCGGCUGUGGUCCUCCCCUGUACGAGCCCGACCUGUCAGCAGGGGGCGCUCUGACCCGGCCGGUCCACGACCUGUGUGACCUGUGGAGGAGCAGCGAGUCCCCAGACCUGCAGACCCUGUCCCCCUUCGACCUGUCCUCCUGGAGCACCUUCCAGAUCGUCCUGUUCCUGGACCGCAUGCUGGACCUGUCCCCUCUGCCCCAAGAUGUGAUGUCCAGCCUGUCCUCCUGUUACUCGUCCUUGUUUGACGGGCUGAAUGCAGAGGUCCAGGUGCGCUGGCUGCAGAUGGUAGUCAGGAACUCGUUCUACCCGGAGCUGCCUCGAGUCCGAGCCUUCCUGCACAAACACACGUCCAGGAUGUACACCGUGCCGCUCUACGAUGACCUGGUCGCUGGGGUGAUGAAGUGCGUUGCCGUGGAGAUCUUCAACCAGACUCAGCGCCGCCUGCAUCCCAACCUGCGGCGGACGCUGCAGCAGAUCCUGUUCCAGACCAGCGCUGCUCCAACCAAUCAGAACGCUUCGUCUCUGACC